AUGACUCCGUCCAACAGAUUUCAAAAGGGGCGAGUUGAAUGGUGGCCGCGCGCUGGGGGAGGGCAGCCGGCGAACAGCGUCGCUCGACCCCGUGGGCUGGCCAGGGGUCAGGCCGCCAGCGCCGGAAAGCGCAGCACAGAAAAGGGAGGGAAAGGUGGGUCCACGCGACGGCAGUGGGUCUCCUCCACCGAAGCCCCUGAGACUUCCAGAAGCCUUCUGGAAUCUUUCUGGAAGGGUUUGGGCUGCUGGCCUGCUCGCGAUCGCUCGUUGGGUUUUUGGGGGGGGGGGCGGGCCAGGAGGAGCCAGGAGGAGGGGGGAUGCAUGAUCUGUCGCCUUCGCUCCAAUCCACCGAGUCUUCAAUGCUUCUCCCCGGACAUCAAACCGAUCAUGCGCUCCGCUUCAGGCUCUCGAAGCCAAUUAGUCGCUUAG